AUGUCCGUUAUCAAGACACUCGUUGUUCCUGCGGUCAUCUCUCUCCUCCUCUUCAUUCUCUUCACAUACGUCCUAAUUCCACUCUGGCACCGAUAUGCCCGCUACAGCCAAUAUCUUCCCCUCGACACACUCUCCUCCCAGACGUCUUCUUUGCGCCAACGAAUAACGUCUCGCAUGGCCACUUGGCGCUCUAAUCGCGGCGUCGCGUUCGCAUCCGAUGACAUUUCCGACGAUGGUUUAGGUGACGAUGACGACGAUGGAGAGGAAUUGGGGAAUGUUGACGAGGAUACCUGGCGUCAAAUGGAGGCAGACACCCGCGCAGCCCGGCCAGAUAAUACUAGGCGGCUAAGUAGAGACCUCGAGGAAGGAUUCAGGGACGAUAGCGAUGAUGAACCAGAACGACUAGCAAGGAAUAAUUUCAGAUCAUAA